ACCGUCAGAGACGGGAGACAGAGCACAGUGCAGGUCAAAGGAUCUUGAGGCGCUUGAUUUGCUCUGUUCCUUUGGAGCGGCUCGGUCCUCUCUGGAGCCUAGGUCUAUAGUAGACCCCACCUCCAGGCUUACUGAGCUCAGUACCAUGAGGCCCAGCACUCUACCCCCUAGUACUUGAAGGCCCCGUCCUCAUCCACAAAAGGGAAAUAAGACUGCUCAGCUGUUCCCUCUCAGGGAACAGGCAGGGAGGCCCACAGCCUGCAGGAAGAUGACAAGGAGCUUUGCCUCUCCCUUAGAUGAUUAGGCUUGGCUCCUGUCCCUGGGGCCCCACAUGCUCAGAAGCUCAGUCGUGAGUAUUCUGAAGAACUGGGCAGUGAGUGGGUGAUGCUGGGAACAGCUUUGGCAUGGGAGGUGAUAGAAGCUUCUGGGGGCUGGAGGGUCUUGUGAGGGGUAGGUUGGGAGGUGUGUCAGUGGAUCAAGUUCUGGGUUCUCUGAGGCUGAGGUUCCUAUGUCAGUCUGUCAGAAAACUUCGGUGACCUGGGUGACAUAGCCCUGCACAGGGUAUCUAUACAGACUGGGACAAUAUAAAGGAGAACUUGUUGGUGUCCCUGUCAAGUGUGUCUGUGGUUGGCUGAGGCUCCGUCUGGUCUUCUGGGCCUGGCCCUCCCAGCCUCACUCCCCCCAACCGCUUGCAGAGCUCAUCAUUUCUCUUUCAUUUCCACUUUUUGCUGAUGGGGCUGAUGCGAGCUGGUGAGGAUCAGAGCCCAGGGGGCUCCUGGCCCCUAGUGUCUUGAUGAAGAAAAUGAAACCUCCUCCAGGAUGGGGGUCUUCACCGUGGAGGGUGGCCCCUACAGACAGCACCUUCAGGCUGGUGUCCUGUGUCUCCUUCUGAACUUCCUGCCCUGCAUCUCUGCCCAGCCCGUGUGCAGAGAGAAGGAGUACCCUGUGGGCAGCGAGUGCUGCCCUAUGUGCUACCCAGGUUACCAUGUGAAGCACCCCUGCAGUGAGCAGACAGGCACAGUGUGUGCCCCCUGCCCCCCGCAGACUUACACCGCCCAUGCAAAUGGCCUGAGCAAGUGUCUGCCCUGUGGAGUCUGUGAUCCAGACAUGGGCCUGGUGACCUGGCAGGAGUGCUCCAGCCGGAAUGACACUGUGUGCAGGUGCAGCCCAGGCUACUUCUGUGAGACCCAGGAGGGGGCCCACUGCUCCAUGUGCUUGCCACACACCACCUGCCCUCCCGGACACAGGGUGCAGAGGAGAGGUACUUACAGCCAGGACACUGUGUGUGCCAACUGCCCAACAGGGAGCUUUUCACCAGGAGGGACACAGGAGGAAUGUCUGCCCUGGACCAAGUGCAAAUCAUGGAUUGAGAAAGAAGCGGAACAUGGGACCAGCAGCACAGAUGCCAUUUGCUCCAUUUCCUGGAGCUUCAUUUUACUCAUCCUUGUGGGACUUGUGAUAGCUGGGCUAGGAAUCCUCAUCAUCAUUUGUAGGCAAAGAAGGCUGCACACCAGCCCAGAGGCCAGGGAGCUGGAGCCUUUCCAGGGGGACAGACAGGAGAACACUGUCAGCUUUCCAGUCACUGAGGUGGGGCUUGCUGUGACUGAGGAGAAGCCAGCCUUCAACUGUGAGAAUUCUGGGUGACAAGACACCUUGGAUGCCCUGGUGGGAAGCUUCCAUAUGCCUCGGAGGCAUGGAAGAUACCCUGGCCUGCUCCCAUGGGCCCCUCCACCCAAAUCCUAAGUGCUGGGAUGAAGGCACACAGCACUAUGUCAAACCUCUUAAGGGAUUUUGGGGAUGAAUUUUGGUCCUUAUGAUGUGCGGUUACACCAUUCCCACAUCUUCAAAGAAACUUUCUAAAUUAUCUGCAGUUUUUUUUUUUUCUACUUGACAUGGGAAAUAAAUAUUUUUGUUACA